UCCCUCUGCUCCUCCGCCAUCUCCUCGUUCAUUCAUAUUGCUCGCUGCCAUCCGCUGCUCUCACUGCUCCACCUGCCCCGUGGCUCACCUAAGCGGCCCUCCCCCCUCUAGGUGUCAGACUUGAGGUACCAGGUACCAGGUAUCCCACCCUCUCAGUUAAAAAUUCCAGCCCCUGGUUCAGCCUUGGUGGGUAAGUGUCGAGACUAAGGUAUGGUCGCUUGGGUGAGCCACAGCAGCCGCUUCCCCCUCCCUGCAUGCUCGCACUCCUCUCAGCUCGCACAUCAGUCCCUUGGUCACCUGCCUUGCUUGCUCACUAACUUUGCUUCCUUUGCAGAUUCAGCUGGCAACAUCUGGGGGAGGAGCAGCAGCGAGGCGUGGCGAGGGAAGCAGCGCUUGCUGCCAUGUGCUGCCAGCGCCAACCAUCUCGAGAGAAAAGUACCCUGCCCUCACUCUACUCGUCCUCUCGUUUUGCUCACCUGGUUGCCUUGUCUCCAUCACUCCACGUCCAUGCAUCCACUCCCCCCCCCAUGCAUCCACUCCGCUUUCCGCCUCAUGCUGCUUCCACCCAAUCCGCCUGCACUGAGGCUCACCCAAGAGGCUUUCCCAGGUUCAGGUUCAGGUCCCCUGGUCUCACUUGCCGCCUCCCCACUCUCCCUCCCCCCCUCCCUAUCCCACCCCGGCAGGACACUUGGAUGAGUGUGGGGGCUGAAGCAGAGCAGCAGAUGAGCCACAACCGCAGCAGCCGCAGCAGCAGCAGCAGCAGCAGCAGCAGCAGCAGCAGCAGCAGCAGCAGCAGCAGCAGUGCAGCAGUGGCAGCUGACAGGGGGGUUUCAGAGGCUAGGUAGUCAGAGGGUAGGACAGUUAGGGACAGUGAGAGUGAUGUCUAGUAUGAGGUACGGUAAGGUAUGCUAUGAUAUGGUAUGGUAGUAUUGUACCUUCAUUCCCCCUCCCCUCCCCCCUCCUCUCCCCCUUCCCCAGCAGCCUAAGCUCCUUGGCUGGAUGGUGAGUUGCACCUCAAAAUCUCCCCCCCCACCUUUCCCCCUCCCCCCUCCCCCAUCCCCCCCUGCAGCAGCACCAUGUCCUCAGCUGAGUGAAUCGGUUCCACCCUCACCC